AUGUUCUCCGAAUAUGCCUCACGCUUCCUCCAGCAGAGCAACGCUCGCCUCUCCUUCACGCAAGAUCAAGCCCCAUCACGGAAUCAAUCGCGAAACCCACUCGAUCGACGGCGAUACAACCAGCGACCAGGCAUGAACCCAUACCACCAAGCCUCGCAGUCACAGUCGCGCUUUCCCUUUGCGUCACGACUAGGCAGGAACAAUGAUCCCGCGCAGGCCCCACUUUUCUACAGCACGACCGAGGACUUUCCGGAGGAUGAUGAGGGAGAGCAGCACGAUAGGGACGUGGCUGAUGCGUGGGCGCUGCAGAGGAGUCGGCAGCAUUUCGGACCGAGUAAUCUGACAGAGAGCUCGGAGCUGGAUGACGAUGCGGUCGAAAAAGUGGAACAUGGGCAGAAUCAUGAUAGAGACGAGAGUCCGGAGGUGAGACGAGGCAGAGCUGCUGUGUCGCGAUCAGCGAUGUUGAGGGAUGUGAGUGUGCCCGAGUCGGAUAUCAGCACUGCGCCGAGCUCGAAAGGUAAAGGGAGGCUGGUGGAUGUGAAUCUGGCGAGUACAAUCAACGAGGAGCCACCGGAAUCGUUAGCGACGUUAUCACCUCGGAUGGAUCCAGAUGAGCGGCCUACGCCUUUCCAGACCUUUAGGACUCCUGUCAAAGAUCUACGCCAAAGUUCAUUCAUCCCUAUGGAGACGGACGAAGAGGCGAACAUCGCUAUGCCACGGCCAACAUCACCCGAUCGAGAAAGCGUGCCCCCGACUGUUAUCCUACCAUCGCAGGAACCACCGAAACACGAUGCUUUCUGGGCCAACUUGUUCCAGAUCUGUCUCUUCGCCAUGUUCGCAGCAUUCGUGCUUAUAUGGUUCCACACAUCCACUCCCACAUCGAAGAACCCACUCGGCGACACGAUAUACAGCGCAUUACGCGGUAGCACGAACAUGCUUCUAUGGGACACCAUGAUCGCGAUCGUGGUGGCCUUGAUCUGGCUGGCCCUUUUGCGGAACUUUGUACGGCCUCUCGUCUUUACAGUCUUGAUCGCGGUCCCGGUCAUCCUCUUCGCUUUCUCGCUAUACCCACUGAUCGCUUCCUUCAAGGGAACAUGGCAUGGGACAAGUGUGCAGGAUCGGGCAAUGCGAUGGCUAGCUUUUGUGCCUGCGGUCGUGGCCGCAAUAUGGACUUAUCAGGUCAUCAUCGGUCGUCACAGCCUGGCACGAGCUAUCAGCAUCCUUGAAUUCUCCACAAAGGUCCUCGCCACUUCUCCACACCUCAUAACACUAGGCUUCGUCACGCUAGCGCUGGUCGUCUGCUGGACAUGGGGCUGGAUGCUAAUGUUCGAGCGCUUAUUCCUUUCCGGCCAUUUCAGCGGCGCGAAGAAGUGGGUCCUGGAUGCCAACAGCUGGUGGCUCGGCGCAUUUUUCGUCCUCCAAUACCUCUGGACUCUGAACAUCAUCGCCGGAGUCCAGCGAGCAAGCACAGCCGCCACCGUAAGCCAAUGGUACUUCCACCGCAACACCAUCCCGCAACCCAGCAGCCAAGAAGUGGUCCGCGCCAGCGUCUCCCACGCCACCGGAGCCUUCUUCGGAACCGUCUGCCUCAGCACUUUCCUGAGCUUACUCGUCCGCUUACCACUGAUAAUCCUCCCCGGCCGCUUAUCAAGCAUCCUAAACAUGUUCGCCUACUGGAUCAUGCCCACCUCCCUCGUCACUCUCACAAACCCACUCACCCUAACCUACGCCGCCAUCCACAGCCAACCCUUGAAUAUCGCCGCCAGAGGUCUAGGCCAGGUCCAUUUCAUCUCCCGCACCAACCCCUCCAACACCAUGGCACCACGCCAAUACUCGCCCCAGUCCGGCUCGGCCAUCAUACCCUACCGCCUGGCCAAACUCCUCCUACAAGCAACCCGCUACAUCAUGUCCUUCGCCCUCGGCAUGGCCGGCUGGGUCCGAACAGCGCAUAAUCUCAAACUGGACGGGGUCGCGGGCGGUCUUAGGGGGAGCCUGUAUGCUUACGUGGUGGGAUUGAUCGCGGGGACGAUCGGGUUCGCUGUUUUGGGCGCGGUGGAGAAUGUGGUGGGUGCGGUUGUGGACGCGGCGGUGAUUUGUUGGGCUAGUGAGACGGGGGGGAGGGGGGAGGCGAGGUUUUGUCGCGAGGCGAAGGAGUUGUUCGGGGAGGAUGAUGGAGGGGUUGUUGGGGGUGGGGGGAGGUAA